UAUGGAGCCCUGAGUUUGUGCUAAAAGUAAGUACAGAACGAGUCGACGUAUCUGCAAGGUAAAAAAGUACUUAACAUUUUUAGAUGAUGAUGAACUCUACCAUGGACAACCUUAUACAAUUAACGACCACAAUGAUACCAAAUAUAGUUGGUAGCAUUGAUAAGGUGUCAUUUUCAUGGUACGAUUACACCCUAUUUGUUUUUAUGUUGGUACUAAGUGCCUGUAUAGGUAUUUAUUUUGGUUGUUUCAAUAAUAAACAAGCCUCUGCCAAGGAGUAUCUAAUGGGUGGUAAGGAAAUGGCGGUGGUACCAAUAUCUUUAUCGCUAGUUGCAAGUCAUGUGUCUGGUUUGAGCCUGCUAGGUGUACCUGCAGACGUUUACGUAUAUGGAGCUUGUAUUGGUCUUCAAAUUUUUGUAUCCCUAAUUGGUUAUAUUAUAAAUGUUUACGUGUUCCUUCCAGUCUUCUAUAAACUCCAAUGUAUCAGUUUGUUUGAGUAUUUGGAAAAACGAUUUGAUAGCAGAACAAGAAGCUUCGCUUCUUUUUUAUUUACAUUGGGAAUGUUACUCUAUUUGCCUAUUGUGAUCUACAUUCCAGCUCUAGCUUUAUCAGCAGCAACUGAUGUUAAUAUACACUAUAUAACACCAGUGGUUUGUGGUGUAUGCGUUUUCUACACUACCAUAGGAGGUUUAAAGGCUGUAGUAUGGACAGACGCUAUACAAUUCACUUUAACAAUAGGAUCUUUGUUAACAGUGUACUAUAUAGGACUUAAUGCUGUAGGUGGUUUUUCAAAUGUAUGGAUAGAAGCUUACAAGGGAAAAAGACUAACAUUUCCUAUUGGUCUUGAUAUAACAGAAAGAGAUUCCAUUUUAGCAGUCAUCAUAGGCUCCAUAUUUAAUUUUAUCCAAUUUAGUGCAGUAAACCAAACUUGCGUGCAAAAAUUUUUAUCUGUGCCAUCUUUUGCGAAGGCCAAAUUAACCGUCCUGUUAUUUUCCAUAGGCAUGUCCUUAGUUUUAUUCUUCACAACAUCAAUGGGUCUAAUGAUGUACGCAAAAUAUAAAAACUGUGAUCCAUAUACGCAAGGUUACAUCGAGAAAGUAGAUCAAAUACUUCCUUACUACGUUUUAGACGUAGCAGGAUCAAUUCCUGGUCUUCCAGGACUUUUUAUAGCAGGGAUAUUUUGUGCGGCCCUCAGUACACUUUCAGCGAGUUUAAACUGCCUAUCGGGAACAAUAUACGAGGAUUUUAUUUCUAAAUAUUUGCCAGCACAUACGGAAAAAACCACCGCGAAUAUUUUGAAGUUGAUUGUUAUUAUAACGGGUGUUGUUUGUACAGCUUUUGUGUAUGUUAUAGAAAAAUUUGAAAAUGUUUUGCCCAUAGCUUAUACGUUUAAUGGAGUGACAGGGGGGCCUGCCAUGGCACUUUUUACUUUGGGUGUUUUGUUUCCAAAAGUAAAAGGAAGAGGUGCAUUUUAUGGUUCUAUAAUAGGUCUGCUGGUUUUGUUAAUAGUGGCUUUUAAAGCCCAAUACUACAAAAGUAUUCACCUAAUUGUAUAUCCAACAAAACCUUUGUCAACUGAAGGUUGCUAUCACAAUUCAAGUCAGGAGUUUUUGGAUAUGAUGACCACCAAAUCAUUUGAGUUUAUAAACAACACAACUGAAGCAAUCAUAAAUACAAAAACAGUGCAAGAUAAGGCUGAAUCGAAUGUAUUUUGGUUGUUUCGCAUUUCUCAUUAUUAUUACACGUUUCUUGGAUUUUUGUGUACCGUGAUUCCAGCGAAUAUAAUAAGUUAUUUCAGCAAGGAGAAGCAAUUGCCUGUUGAUAAAGACAAUAUAUCUCCUUUGGUACACUUUUUGUUAACUGAUGAUGAAGUUGAUUUAAAAAAUGUUCCAUACUACGAUGUUAAGAAAGCUAUGGAACUCAACGUUAGUCAGGAAGAAGAUCUUUGUUGAUAUUGUCAUUAAAAUUUAAUAUUAAAUUUAUUUAAAAUUUAUUUAUUUUUAUUAACCCCAUAUUUCACCCC